GUGAACUCUUGUUUCCAUCUCCAUUGAUGGUGCCUGACCUGCUGAGCGUGUUCAGCACUUUCUGCUGUUACUUCAGAUUUCCAGCAUCUGCAAUUUUAUUUUUUUUAUUUUCAAAAUUCAAUCGGCAUGUUUCUGAAGCCAGUGUGAAGGUGCCUCAUUAAUAAUAAUUCCACCCUUUCUCAUUGUCGUGAAUGCACUGUGUCAUUUGCAGCUACAUUCCUGUUUACAUGUAUAACACGGAAGUCCCCGACAUGUCAUCGCCGGGCGUGCGUUGAGUCAGAGGAAAGUCCCCGUCCCCUGUUCGUGCCCGCGGGCGGGUGACGUCAUCGCGGGCACGGGCACGACCGCGGGCGAGCGGCUGCGCCGUCUGUUCUCCACGCAGACGUUCGCUGCGUGGUGACGUCAGAGGCAGGGCAGUCUGGUUUCCCCCCGCCUCAGGUGGAUCCGUGAUGCGGGAGAGCGGAGUCGGAGCGCCGGUCAUCGGAGUGCUUCAUGGCUACCAGUAGUCACACCGAGCGACCCGUCGUGGCCGGAGGGGCGGCUUCAAGCGGCCGCAGGCCCCAGACGCGGCCUUGUAGGCCCGGUCCUUCCGGGGCGGUGAGCGUCGCUCCCGCUGGGUGCCAGGCGCAGGACAUCGGCCAGGUCUGGGCCCAGGCCCAGGUUAGAGACGAGUUCGCCGUUUCCAGAGGCAGGCAGUUUUACCUGGAGAGCCACAAGGACGCGAUUCAGGAGCUCUUCCAGGUGGCCCUGACCAUCUUGGCGCCGCUGCCCAUGGCGCAUUACCUGCCGGAGUCGGCCGACUCCCCACAGAUCUGGGCCCAGCUGGAGGGGAGUCAGGAGCAUGUGAGGAAAGCGAAGGAAUAUAUCAAGGGUGUUUGUAAUCCAGAGCUUCAUCAAAUUGAGUGUUAUCCAAAGGAUAUGCAUUGCGUUUUUGUGGGAGCCAGGGGCUUGUUUCUCAAGAGUCUUAUACAGGACACUUGCGCUGACAUCUCUGUGGAAAGUGCUGGAGUGAUUUCUAUUAAUGGAUGUACAGAGGCAGUGAUAAUGGCAAAAACCCGAAUACAGCAGUUUGUGCAGCUCUUCAGAGAUAAUCAAUGCUUAGCACCCAGAAAGGAAUCUUACAUUAAAAGGAAAUUCAAACAAUUUAUAGAAUCACAUACUGAUAAAUAUACAAUGGAUUUGCUGCUUUUGCCAAGUUCAGUAAAAGAGGAACUAAUGAAUCUUACUCAAGAAGUACUUCAUCUUAAAGAAUGUAUAGAUCUUACUUUGGGACCUGAUAGUGAUAAUUCCCAACUUGUUAACCAUGGUGCAGUUAACUCUUCUCAAGAGACUCAGUGUUCUGAGGAAAAAUGGAAUGAUCUGCCUUCCUUCGAGGAAACUAGAAAACAGGCUAGCACACCUGUAUCUGAACUAGUUCAGCAAAUGGACACAAUGCUUAAACAAGACACUCAAAAGUCACUUGUUACAGAAACGUCUUGUGAGGAGACAUCAGUGGGUAAGGAAAGACAGUCAUGCAAAAGAAGAUCUUCUGCUAGUGAGGACAGGCAUACAAAACGACAGUUUUCUGGAGAUAUUGAUGAGUUCACUGCAAUUAAUGCUACAGCAAAAUCACCUUGUAAUGAUUUGGUUUCUGAUACUGAUGUAUGGAUUUGUCCCUUAAGUGGACAACAAGAUAAUCAAAUUGAAGAGGACUCAACCACUGCUACUUCAGAAAUGGAGUUCAAAAUGCUGGUGGAAUUUUUUAGGUCAAUGGGUUAUUCCAUUAAUAUUGUAAAAAAAGUCAUUAAGGAAAUGGGAGAGACUGAGGAACCUAUGGAACUGCUAAAGAAAAUUGUCGAAGAAAGUAACCGUUUGGAAAAGGAGCAGGCGAGUAAUACAGAUCAAAAAUCUGUUCCGAAUAACUCUCAUGAAAAUCUAAUGAAUGAAGCAAGGAAUUCACACAUAGAGAAACUUGAAGCUUGUACUGUUGGACAUGCUGAAGUUAAAGAGACAAAGCAAACAUCUGGUUCAGUCACCAGGUCUUUUCAAAAUCAACAGAAAAGUGAGUUACUUAAAGAAAAUUGCCAUUCUGAAGAUGUAGCAUUGAUUGGUAAUGCACAGAAUAACAAAGAUGAAGCCUUAAAACCACCUGCACGCAGAUUAACUAAAGGCACUGAAAGCCUUCACCCAGCCAAGCCUUGGACCAAUGACUUGGUUAAUGAGAGAUUGCUAAAUGAAAAUGAUAUUGUAGCAAGAGGCAGUUCUGAACAGACAAAUUUGCCUGUUAAUCAUUGGCAUUCCAUUGUGCCUUCUAAUCAACAAGCGAGAGCUUCAGUAACUGGAGUACAACGGUUCCAUGAUUUACUUAAAAGUCCUUACAAACUAAACCUAACAAACGAUCCUGGGAAACCAAAUUUAAAAUAUAUUAUAAUUGACGGAAGUAACGUUGCAAUGUCCCAUGGAAUGAAAAAAAUAUUUUCCUGUCGUGGUAUUGCUAUUGCAGUGGAAUAUUUUUGGAAUUGUGGUCACCGAAAAAUAACUGUGUUUGUUCCUCAGUGGAGAACGAAACGUGAUGCCAAAAUCACAGAGCAGCAUUUUUUAAAUGAACUUGAAGAACUGGGUGUACUUUCCUUCACGCCAGCUCGAACUGUGUGUGGAACAAGAAUUGCAUCUCAUGAUGACAGGUUUUUAUUGCACCUUGCUGAGAAAACAGGAGGUAUUAUUGUCACUAAUGACAACCUGAGAGAAUUUGUGUAUGAAUCUGCAACCUGGAAAUCAAUAAUUCAGGAAAGAUUACUACAGUAUACCUUUGUUGGAGACAUAUUUAUGAUACCUGAUGAUCCCCUAGGAAGGAAUGGACCCAGACUGGACACUUUCCUGCAAGCAGAGACUUGCAGGACUUUACCAAAUGCAAAGAUUGGUCAAAAGAUGCCAUUUGCACCACCACCUGGUAUUUGCCCACCAAUCUUGGGGCAACCAGUGAUUCCUCCUUUGCGAUCAAAAGAGGAAACUGAACAAUUGAAACAAGAAUUGUUUAAAAUCUUUCCUGAUUUCGUCCAAAGAGAGAAAAUUGAUCGAAUUCUAUCAGCACACCCACUCAUGAGAGACCCCAAUGCAUUAUCUGCAAUGGUGCUGGAUCAAGAAUAAUUUGCUGCUUUUGCUUGUUGAGAUGUUUGUUAGAACAUAAAUUUUAAUUGUUCUUAAGUACAAAAUUUAACUUAACACCUGAACAGUAGCAAAACAUUCUUCACAACACAAUUGCUUGUCUCAGAAUUGAAGCAAUGCCUGGCUUUGAACUAAAAUGUUGGCUUUUUUUGUUCAAUGACUGGAGCCUUUCUCCGCAUCAGAAGGAAUUGCUGUGUCUCGCUUAUUGAAUGUACCUUUGGCCUCCAUCUUGUUCUCUUGUCACAGCUGGAGCAAAUGCUGUAUUAAUAGUAUUUGUGUCCUUUUGGUUGAGGGAACACAAAAAGGUAAGAAUGGAAUGUAAAAGCCUGAUGCAAUUCAUUUACAUUGGUACCUUGUUUCAGUGCUUUCCAAAUAUGAGAGCACAGAUUUCAUGCAAAAGGGGGACAUUGUAGCAUUAUAUAUAGGCAGAUGCAUUACUGACAGUGCUGCUAUACCAGGAUCCUGGUGUGAAUCCCUGCUGUCUCCACUACUGUGUGGGGGAACCUGCAUAAAUCUAGUAAUAAAUCACUUCAUGGCUCACUGUGGAGAGACCACCAGUGAGGGUUGGUGGGGGUGGGAUGUCACCACUCAUUGCUGAGAUUUGGAACUCAGGGCUGCACAGUGAGUACUGGUCAUUGCUGCCAGGAAUACAGCACCUGCCCUCGGUGUUGUCAAGCCUCCCAAAUCACCAUUUGUUGGAUCUGAUGGAAAAAUCUGUCAUCUCCUCUUGGUGGCACAACCCUCUCCAGCCCAGAGAUUUCACUGUAAUCUCAACUGAGGUGCACCAUCACAUUCAAGAAGAGGUGGAGAUGAGAGACACCACAGGAUGCGAGUGUCAGCAAAGGGAGCAGCUUCUGCCAGUCCCCAGCAAUCACCUACCCUUACCUUCCCAGCCAGUGCAAAGACCUGAGCCCCACAUCUCAGCACUGAGUGGCUACAUUCCUGGCCGACACCAACCCUCACAGACUGCCUCUGCAUACCAAGCCAUGGGGUGAUUCUCUGCUGGAUUCCCCGCACAGCAGCUCGCAGUCUGAGCAGAUACUUGUGAGCAUUCAGACGAGAACAACGAGCACUGUAAUGUUUCAGUCCUGGGUGGUGUACCAGUAAGUGGGGGGUACCAGUAGAACCUUACAUUAUUUUUGUAAAAUGUUGAGAUCUGAAAGGUAUUCUUUAUAAAAUUGUUUUUAAUUGUUGGAUUUAAAAAUAUUGAAACUACAACAACAUUUAUAGACAUGCCAGUGUAUAAACUGGGAGAUAUUUAUUUACUAGCUAUAAAGAACAUGUAAAUAGUUUGAAAAUUAUAUAUAUUUUUGACAUUGUUGUAAAUUUUGAAAAAUGUUCAUGGCUUAGAGGAUUGACUUGUAACCUUCCUGAGAUUGCAUUUUGUCAAACCAAAACUAGCUCGUAAAAUUGUAGCUGUAAGGAUGAAACAAAAAUACUCAAAAUACUUCAGUUGAUCACUACUGAAUAACCUGCAAUUUGAUUAAAGUCUUACUUUCAUUUUC